AUGCUUAAUGUACUUACUUAUUUCAUUUAUCAAGAGAUCCUAAAUCAAAACGUGAAUAGAUAUCAAUUAAUAAUUAAGAAACCUAUUUUAGAAAAUGUAUUGAGGAGAGAACUAAAUAAGUUUAUAUUUAAAAGAAAAAAAAUAAUAAAAGGUUUAUCCGAAAAAAGAGUAAUUGAAAUUAUUAAUGAAAUUAUUAGUCGUAUAAUUAUUAAAUUCAAUAUAGAAAAAAACAGAGUAGGGGGGUUAACAAAUAGUUUGAAAAAAUUUGUGGAAUUAAUUAAUAAUUUCAAUGAUCAGAAUAAGAAAACUUUUAAUGAUACAAAAUAUGAUAUUAUUAUCAAGAUCAAAGAUAUUAUAGAUGAUAAUGAUUACAAAGAUAUUGAUUAUGAGAUUGAAAAAAUACUUUAUGAUUUUGGAUAUCUAAAUGAAGAUAAACAUCAAAUACUGAUAAAAGAAUAUGAUGAAAAGAUAUUGAAAAAACCGAUAGAUCAAAGAGAAAUUUUGAUUAGAAAAAGACCAAGAAAAGAAGGAUUUCGAUAUAAAGAAAUUGAUUAUCAAGAAGGAUCAGAUACCCCAAAUUAUUUUUCUGAUAAUGAAUAUGAUGAAAAAGAUAUUGGUAGAGUGAGAAAGGAUAGAAAAGAUGGAAUUAAUAAUUUAUGUUUAAGGAUAAAUCAAUUUGAAACUAUUUUGAAAAUAGAUUUUUCAUUUACGGAACCUUUUGAUGAAAAAAUAAAUCAGAUUAUUAAAUGUAGUGGAGUGUUAAAAGAUUUUUUACCAAAAGAAAAUGUUACACCUUUUUGUCCAAUGUUGCCAUGUCGUAUUUGCAAAAUAAAAAAUCAUACUUUAGAGAAUUGUAAAUAUAAGAAUUUGCAUGAUAAAAAUUAUAUUUUUGGAAGAUAUGAUAGGAAUAGAAACCUUAGAUGUGGAUAUUCCUAUGAUAAAAUCCGAGAAAGGCUUGAAGAUUUAAAAAAAAAAGAAUUUGUCAAGAAAGGAAGAGAAUAUCAUUGUUGCACUUGUAAAAAUUUUUAUGAGUAUUAUCAAAUAGAUAUUAAUAAUUUUAAAUGUAAGAAUUGUUCGUUACCUUGUCGUAUUUGUAAAGGAGAAGAUCACAAUCUAGAAAAAUGUGAAUAUAAGUUUUUUUUUGAAAAAAAUUAUAUUUUUGGAAGAUAUGAUAGGAAUAGAAAACUUGGAUGUGGAUGUUCCUAUGAUGAAAUUAAAAAAAAAUUUGAUGACUUGAUAUCGAUAAGACCAGCAACGUCAAAAGAAAGACGAUAUCAUUGUUGUGAAUAUCAUAAUAUCUUUAGAUUUUAUGAAAUAGAUAAAGAUUUCAAAUGUAGAGAUUGUUAUGGAAUAUUCUGUGAAUCAUUACAAGAGGAUGAUGAUAGAAGAAUUCAAUAUUAUCAAAGUAGUGAAUAUCAGAGAAAACUUGUUAAAUGUUAUAUUUGUGAGAUUGAACAUAUAAGAGGAAUUUAUCUUGAUGGCGAAGGAGAUUUUUGUGAUAGUAUUCAUCAAGCAGCCUAUAAAGUUUAUUAUGAUAUACAAAAUCCAAAUAAAAAUAUUUGGAUUAGUAUAAAGCAUUAUACUCAAUCAAGAAGAACAAGAUUAGCAAGUCAAAAUAUAAAUCAGACUGCGGUAUAUAGAACUGUAAUGAUAAUGCAAGGUAAAGAAUCAAUGUCAUAUGCAGAAGCGUUAGAAACUCAAGUAAAUGAUAAAUGGAAUGAUGGAGAAGGUUGGGAUAAUGAUGAUACUGAAGAUAUCAAUGAAAAUAUUAGUGAUAAUAAUGUAGAGAUCUUGACAUCGAAAGAACAGAAAGAAACAGAUAGAUUUAGAAAUAUGAUUUUAAAAUUUAAUUUUUCUAAUAAUAUAGAUAUUGAAAAUAUUAUAAAUAAUAUAAGAAAAAAUUUUGAAUCAUUAAAAGGUCUUACUAUGUGUAAAUCAUGUCGUUUUGUUCUUAAAAUAACAAAAGUUACUGAAAAUAAUUCAUGUGAUACUUGUGAAAAAGAUUCAGAUAAAGAUAAAAGAAUUCAAGAUUUGGAAAGACGAAUUGAUGAAAUGACAAAAGAGAUUAAUAGAUAUAAACAACCGUAUAUCUUAAUUAAAAAUUUUAUUAACUUAUUUAAUGAUCCAGAUCUUAUUUUAUUAUAA